CUCUCGCCGGUGGGACCGCUCAUCCAGAGCCAGGAGCCGGUGCAGUACCACGGCGCCGUCAUCCUCUACAAAGUCGUGGAUGAGCAUCCCUCCUUAUCCUUUCGGGUCUACGUGGCUACAAACAACGACUCCUUUGUAAAGGAUAUCUCAAGAGCCGUAAAACAUUCAAAUAAGAAAUUCAUUAAAAUUGACAAGCCCCCUGUAUGCCAAAAAUUACUUCAGAAAGGAAAGAGGUAUAGAUUAGUGUGUGAGCCAGAAGCUGAAAUAACUCCAGAGGAAAUUGAAUUUGUUGAUGGAUCUCUCUUGAAACUAAAAAGCUACAUCGAAGUCUAUUUGGAGAAACCCGACGACUUCACCUUGUCUUUGGUUGAGCUCGAGUCUGACGCGACCGUGUGGAAGGCAAAACUGAGAGAGAGUGACUGGAUAAAUUACGAUCAGAACAAAAACGAGCAGAAAAGAAGCGCAGUCGGUGUCAAGAAACGGAAACCAGCCCUCAGCAUUUUGGAAGAAGAAGAGCUCUGUAGCAAAAAGCAAAAGACUGGCAAUACCGCAGAUGGAAUUGAAACAAGGAUCUUAACUGAUCAACAGCUGAUGGUGAUCGCAAAGUUGUUUGACAGGCAGUGGAGAGAAAUUGCCAUUGAGUGUCUUCAAAUGGAAAUGAAACACAUUGAGCAGAUUCAGGCAAUGGAGGAAGAAGUUAAUAUGCAAAAAUUUCUGGUGUUAAGCAAGUGGAGAGACAGAGAGCAAAGCAACGGAACCGCAGAAGCUUUGUACAGAAGUCUGCGUGAAAAAGCAUCCUAUGAGAUACUGCAAGCCCUGGAAGUCGCUUCUAGAGACGGGAUGAACGUGUGUUUGUGCUGUUCCUUUCCUCAGGUUGCUCGGCUCGGUGCUGAGCUGGUGAAGCCGCAGCUAGAAGGAGCGUGGUGGGAGCUUCGCCCAGCCAGCCGUUCCGCUUCUCCGGCCGCUUCCUCGGGAUCUCGCUGA